CAACUGAGGCGCUCUAUAAAAUGCUCCGACCCCGCAUUUUCGCUCCCACUCUGGCUCCCCAUCUCUCCUCUCUGCUUCGCUUCCUGGUCGCCAUCGACGCUCUGUAGUCUAAUCGCUUUUCUGUUCGCGCCUUUGGGUAGCUUUAUAUACCUGCUAGCCGUCGUCGCACCAUACCCUCCGCUCAGACCAUCAAUUGAGCCACGACCAUGGCCUCGUUCCUCGCUGCAUUCAAUGCUUCGCUUAUCCGCAGACCGAUGCUCACACAGUGCGCCUCGGCCGCCUUCAUGUUCGGCAUGGGAGAUGUCAUCGCACAGCAGGCAUUUGAGAGGAAGAGCAUGAACCACGAUCUCGCGCGGACGGCACGGACGGCGUUCUAUGGAGGCUGUCUAUUUGGUCCUCUCCUCACCAAGUGGCUGGGGCUACUUAAUCGUCUGCAAUUCUCCACGCCUCUCAAGUCCGUCGUUUACAAGGUGUGGUUAGAUCAGACCACGUUCACACCAUUUGUUAUUGGAUUCUUCUUUAGCUCUAUGACGCUCUUGGAGGGCAAACCCAUCGCAGCUGCCUUUGAACGUAUCAGCGAGUCAUACGUACCGACUGUUUUCCGGAAUUGGUGUGUAUUCGUACCGACACAGGUGAUCAACUUCGCGUAUGUGCCCGCGCACCUGCGUUUCUUUACAAUUGGCGUCGUAGCUUUGUUCUGGAAUGCGUACCUGAGUGCGGUGAACGCGAGGGACGCACGCGCAGCUGAGCUGGUCGUUGCUAGCGUUAAUGACUCGAUGAACGCAGCGGAGAUGGGCAUGCCAUCGAAGAGCUUCUAAACGUGAGGGCGGCCGAGGAGGUCUACGUCGUUGCCAACGAGGGCUUCAUUGCUUUGCUUCAUCAGCAUUGUUCAGGGUCUCAUUCGUCAGUCCACAUACCCACUAGAGCUAGAGCCGGCUGACUUGUAUAUUAGCGUAGCCGCGCGCCUGGGGCAUGUAAGUACUUUGUAUAGAUUACCGACAAUAUGUGUUCAGAGAAUAUAUGCAGAAUGUAAUUAAGGGAGAGCUGGUC